AGGGGGAAGUCCCCUAGCGCCGAACGGCAGGUAGUACCGAACGAAUGUUGUAAUCGGUACUUAUAAACGGACAAGUACGAUGCGUUGUCGUGCAAUAGAAAGAGAUAAAGCUAGCGUGGCCGCGGGUGGCGCGGGGGUUCGCAGUGACGCUCAAAGCGUGGACGAGAACAGCCGCAUUGUAUUUUACGCGGGAAAUUGGCGUCGCCUACAAACUUAACCUAUUGAUUGUGACCGAAAUAUAAGUGUAAGAUCGAUUUGGUACCAAUCUUAAUUGACAUUGGAACAAAUUUACCCUAUACUAUGGACAAAAUCAAGAAGGGUCGUUGGGAUUCUGAAAACCUAAAGAUAGCAAUUGAAAAAGUAAUAAACAAAAAAAUGUCUCUACGAGAAUCGGCUUCAAGAUAUGGCAUUCCUACUACUACUUUGUAUGACAAAUUGAAACUUAUUAGAGAAGGUAAAGAAGUAGAACUGAAACCAGUACUAGGGAGGUUCACAAAGACCUUUUCAUCGGAGUAUGAGAAUGUUUUAGUAAGCCAUGUUAAGGACUUAGCUGACAGAUGUAUGCCAUUGACAAAAAAAGAAUUUUUGAAACUCGCCUUCGAUUUAGCUGUUCAUCUCAAGAUACCACAUCGUUUUAACGUUCAAAAAGAAGCUGCUGGUAAACAUUUCUAUUAUGAAUUUAUGAAACGUCAUCCAGAUUUGUCACUGAGAACAGCAGAGUCUACCAGCUUGAUGCGUGCGGUUGGAUUCAACAGGGCCCAGGUGAAUUUAUUUUUUAUUAAUUUAAAAAUCCUUUUGGACAAAUACAAUUUUCCACCAUCAAAUGUGUACAAUUGUGACGAAACUGGAGUCACAACAGUACAAAAGCAUGCAAAGGUUAUGGCAAAAAAAAACACCCGUCAAAUAGGAAAGCUUACUUCAGCUGAAAGGGGGAAAAACGUUACAAUUUUAUUUUGCAUGAGCGCUACAGGCAAUUUUAUACCUCCUUUUUUCAUUUUUCCACGCCAAAGAAUGCAUGAACGGCUAAUGAUAAAUUCACCUCCUGAUAGUGAAGGUGUUGCCCAACCGAAAGGUUGGAUGAACAAUGAGUUUUUUUUGAAAUGGUUGCAUCAUUUUACUAAGUUUGCUCGACCUUCAAAGGAGUCUCCGAUUCUGCUUUUACUUGAUGGGCAUAGCAGCCACAAGACUUUGGAGGUAAUAAACUGGUGCAGAGAUAACAACAUUCACCUUAUUAGUUCACCACCACACACUACACAUAAACUUCAGCCGUUAGAUAGAUCAUUUAUGAAACCUUUCAAGAAUGCCUAUAAUGAACAAUGCGGAAUGUGGAUAAGAGCUAAUGCAGGUGCAAGAAUUACAGAGUAUGAUAUAGCAGGACUUGUAUCAGAUGCUUUUAAAAAAGUAGCUCGUUAUGAAAUAGCAGCAGCAGGAUUCAGGUGUACCGGUAUAUAUCCAUUUAAUGAAAAUAUCUUCAGCGAUCUGGAUUAUUUGCCCAGUGAUAUUACAAACAUUCCAAUAGAAGAAUCUGUUGAAGAACAAAUUAGCGUCGAUCGUUCUUCGCCUGUUGUUCAGUCAACAAUACCAGAGCAAAUACAUUCUGACAUAAUAUUACCGCAAAGUUUUUCACCACAGCCUUCUACCAGCAAAGGUCCAGAUUGUGUACGACAAGCCAUAUUAAACAUUUCACCAUUACCAGACGCUGCAAAGAAAAGAGCUCAAACAAGAAAACGAAAGUCUGAGAAAAGUCAAAUCUUAACUGCCUCUCCUUACAAAUUGUCUCUGGAAAAUAAAGAAAACGAAAAACUGCUUAAAGAACAAAAGAAACUACAGCGUACAUUUAAGAAGACAGAUAAAGCAGAUAAGAUUAAGAAAACUAAAGUUUUGCCAUUAAAAGAGAAAGAACAACAAAGCAACGUAUCUUCGCAGGCACACCAAGAGACUUCGUGUGUUGUUUGCCUCGAAGACCACGAUGAGGACUGGAUCCAGUGCAAUUCGUGCAAAGAAUGGGCGCACGAGGCUUGUGCUGAUAUACCAGAGUGUUCUGAGUUAUAUAUUUGUGACCGAUGUCACCUUUUUUAAGACUGUUCGGCCGUAAGUGCCAUUUUAUAUCCUUGUUCGGUACUAGGUGCCAAAGAAUUAUUAUCCAAAAAUUAAUGCCAAUAAGAAUCACUUGUUAAAACAUAUAAUUCGUUUAUUUUUGUUUGUUUUGUUCAUUUAUAUAGGUGUCUAUGAUUGUUUUGUACUUAAUAAUUUCCAUUAAAUGUUUAAUAUGCGAUCCGUUUUUUUCUAACUGCCAUCAAAGCUUAGGUGUUCGGCACUAUGGGACACUCC